UCUUCUUUUUUCAUGUUUCUCCAUGCAUGAUGGUAUCGUUGGCGGUAAAGUCUCCGUUCCCUACAGUCGACCCUACAUGGUCUACAUUCGUGACAAGAUAUCAAAACAAACAUGUGGUGGUUUUUUGGUACGAGAGGAUUAUGUGAUGACAGCUGCCAGCUGUAAAAAAAGUAAUCUUAUGAUCUAUUUGGGGGUCAAUGAUACCAACUUUUUACCUGACGGUAUAGAGGUAGACCCCGUUCCACAUCCAGAAUUCAGUAUGAAGAGAAGAGGUCAUGACAUCAUGCUUCUGAAGCUUAAAACUCCAGCAACUUUGAACAAAAUUGUGAGUAUUAUCACUCUGCCAAAAAAUGAGAAUGAAGAAAUCUCAAAGAACUGCCUGUUCAUGGGUUGGGGUUGGAAGCAAUACCAUGACGAGUCUCCAUCAAAUGUGCUCAAAGAAACGAAUGUGACUCUGAUAGACUCUGAAAACUGUGGCACGGCUGACACUCUGUGCUCCAAGGGAUCAACUGGACCAGCAAUGGGAGACGCUGGGGGUCCACUUGUUUGUGGAGGUGUUGCACAGGGAAUUGUAUCAUUUUCUAAAAACAAGCCAAAUGCAAGCUACCUCAAAGGGUACAUUCACAUCUCCCAGUACCUUCCAUGGAUUCAAAGCAUCAUGAUGUCACCUACAACACCAGAAACGAUAGAUCAGGCCUACAUAUCAGGAACAUUUGUUCCAACCCCGGAUGACAAAUCCCAAAAUCCAUCAGUGUUUUGUCUGUAAACCUGACAACACAAAAUAGUCUAAAAUUUUUGUUUUCCUUCAUUUAGUACUCCAAACUAUAAGUCUUCUACCAGCAAAAGAGCCCCCCGAGGCAGUCAGAGAAGAGCACAAAGCAGGAGACAAAGACAGAUAAAUUAAGUUUAUUGUACAUGUUGCUUAAGUUUCCAUGCUCAAUUUGUCACAAGAAACCGUAAGGAAACUACUAUCGAACUACUAUUGUAAAC